AUGGUUUAUACUUCUAGCCUUGCGGCUAUCUCUCUCCUGGCCUUGACGGCUAGCGCCGUUCCUCUCCAGGCGGGCUCGGUCAGCCAUAUGUCCAAGCGCACUCUUCAGAAUCGCGGCGUUGAUCUAAAAAUCCACACAUAUAAGCCCACUGCUUUCACUGAGUCACGGACACCUGCGAAGUCUGAUCAGGUGAUGAGCUUGUCAAAGCUCACGACGAACCGCGCCAACCCCCGUAGCGCAGCUUAUCUCAAGGGCUUGACUGGGAGAAAGAAGGGCAAGAAGACCAGCUCUGGAAGCGGCGAGCUGAUCUCACUGUUUGAAGGCGAGGAAUAUGCCACUUCCAUUGUCUUCGGUACCCAGACCUUUGACGUGAUUGUCGAUACCGGAUCCAGUGAUACAUGGGUCGUCAAAGAGGGCUUCGAGUGUAUUGAUCUGGACACUGGCAAAGAGACAACCGAGUCCGACUGUGACUUUGGCCCGACAUACACUGUCGACAGCGGCUUCAAGAAGAUCUCUGGUGAAGAAUUUGAGAUUGAGUAUGGUGAUGGUGAGUAUCUGUACGGAUACAUGGGUACCGAGACCGUUACUCUCGCAGAUAUCACUGUCAGUGCCGAGGUCGCUGUUGUCACUGAAGCUGCUUGGGAGGGAGAUGGCACCACCUCUGGUCUGACCGGUUUGGCUUACCCUGCCUUGACAAGCGCAUAUUCCACCAAGAGCGACGAACAGGAGGAAUACAACCCCAUCUUCACCACCAUGGUCAAGGACGGCCUUAUUGACUCAUACUUCAGUCUGGCCAUCCUUCGUGACGUCUCCGGUGAUGCUGGCUACCUGACACUUGGUGGUCUGCCUCCCAUCAACUUCACAGAGACCUGGACUACUACCGAUAUCCUGAUCACCUCUAUCGAGGGAUACGCUGACAGCUAUGACUUCUACACCAUCGAGAUUGACGAAGUCACGCUAAACGGCGCAUCUGUUUCUGGCUCUGGAGGUAGCAUCCAGUACAUUGUCGACUCCGGCACAACCCUCAACUACUACCCCACCUCCGUCGCCGACGCAGUCAAUGCCGCCUUCGACCCUCCUGCCACCUACAGCGAUGACGAGGGUGCCUACGUCGUCGACUGUGAUGCUACUCCCCCGGCCCACGGCAUUACCAUUGGCGGCACCACUUUCACCAUUAAUCCUUUGGAUAUGAUCUUGUACUCCGGUACCGACGAUGAUGGCAACGACGUCUGUAUUACAGGUAUUGAUGACGGUGGGGAUGAUUCUUCUGAGGAUCUGUAUAUUCUGGGUGAUACCUUCCAGAAGAACGUGGUGACUGUGUUUGAUGUCGGCGCUGUGGAGUUGAAGUUUGCGCCGCAUGAAGAUUACACUUCCAAUGACACUUACUAG